AUUCUUUAUGUAAAUCCUGGAAUUCAACUUAUUUCUGUAACACUCAGCCUAUAUUGGAAAGUUUGGUUGGAGUAGUUCCGCUGAGGAAAUCACCAGUGUUUCUUGACCUAGGACUGAUAAGUGUUGGAGGAAGUUUCAGAAAUGAUCUGACAACUAUCAUGGUGGGAACAAUGAGAGGAACUCUUCAUAAGCUGUACCUGAAGUCAGCAGACACAGAUCUGCGUCAAUUGGAAAACAACAGGCUCUAUCCGCUGCCAAUCUUGGACAUAGUGACAACACGACAGUACAGGACCUACCUCCUCACCAGAUACAGUGUUGGUUUGUUGGAAGAUCAAGUUGAAUGUUCUGGUAGUUCCUGUAGUGAGUGUAUGAAGAUUGCCGACAGUAAAUGUGGUUGGUGUGUGCUGAAUGGAGGCGGCUGCAUGGAGAAAAUCAACUGUGAGAAGGGUUUCUGGUUGCCAUCUGUGGCUGGAGAGUGUUUGACAGUGCAUACAAGUCCUACUGGCAUAAAACAUGAAAACAGGGAGAUCAACACAAAAUUUUACAGUGUUCCUGAAGCCUGCCGUUCCCAUCAGUGGCAGUAACUGGCAGUGUCAGUUUGGCACCAUGGAGUGUAAGCCUAGAAUACCAUGUUAUGGAAACCUCAUCAUUUCAAACCCUAGAGAAAUGAAAUGUGAAUUUCCAGUUACAGAAGCUUUCUGGCAAGAUUAUAAAUUAGCAGAUUUUAAGAUCGUUGAAAAAGGCUCAUCAAAAAAAGUGCUAGCUGAAGGGUGGAGCAUUCUGUUCUUUGACUGUGUUGCAUUCAAAAGCUGCUAUGAUUGUGUGAACACCUCCAAAACUGCUGGAUUAUGCUUUUGGAAUGCUGAGGAGGGAAUGUGUGAGAAAGCUUCGGGUGAUGGAUAUAUAUCCUACAGUGAGACAGAAAAAUGUCCAAGGCUUACGGGAAUGCAGAUCAAGCUUCCAUAUGAUGAAGAAACUAAUGUUUCAAUUCCUGCAGAAAAUCUCCAAUUUAAAGAAAAGAAAGAAUACCAGUGCAAGAUUGGUGGUGUAAAUUGCACCAUCCUCAAUGUAAGCAAGACGUUGAUAACCUGUCGAGUAAAGGUCCGUCAGCAAGGUGAAGUAAUGGUGAAUGUAACGUAUGGCAGUGCUAGGAUUGACAAUCCUAGCAAUGUUAAUGCCCGAGUGAUCAGGUGUGAUGAACUCACCAAGAGUUGCAGCUCAUGUAUCUACCUCAACACACUUGGUUAUGAGUGUAACUGGGACUACACAAACGGACAGUGUUCCUACAGUACAAGCAAAGACAUCAGUACGUCACGGUGUCCCCCUCCAAAUAUAGCCAGGGUUUACCCACUGAAUGGUACUAUUUCUGGAAACACAUCAUUGACCAUUGAAGGAAACGAAUUUGGAAGCAAUACAAAGGAUGUAAACAUCACUGUGUCGGGAAGACCAUGUGAAAUCUAUAGGCACAGCUUCUAUCCUAACAAUUGGGUUAAAUGCUACACCAGGGGUGUAACCACAGAAACCAAAGGUGCUCAAGUCCUCGUCACCAGGGACACUAAACAGUCUACCAACAGCAAAGCAUUUGACUAUUUGGUGCCAAAACUACUCACUUUAUUCCCGACCAAAGGAAUCAAGUCUGGAGGCAGAGUAUUGACAGUAAAGGGAAAUAACCUGCUAACUGGCAACCGUGAACGCAUGACUGUAGUCCUCAGUAAUACCGCUGGAAAUAUACCAUGCAGAAUAGCUGAUUCUAGUGUACAGAAGGAUGCUAACACUAUACUAUGUUUCACGAGUGAGUACACUGGCCCUUUACCACAUCGAAUGACUGACAUUACCGUUACCUUUGAUGAUUCCGCAGUCAAAUUAACUGAAAAAGUCAAUUUUACGGUUGUGGACAACCCAAUCGUCAGAAUCGAGCAAAGAGAAACAAUCAAGAAAGGUGGUGUUGCCGUAGACAUAACUGGAGAGAGAUUUGAAGCUGUCUCUUUUGUGAGAAUAGGACAGGCUCCUUUGUGUAAGGUGAUUAAUGACAACAGCAUGAAAUGCUUUGUUCCUGAGUACAAUACAAGCCAAGGAAAACGGCGGCGCCGAUCCACAGAGACAUGCCCUUGCAAUCAAUUCCUCACUAUCCACAUGGACAAUUAUAACUAUCCCUUCAGAAUGGUGUUCACAGAAAAUCCAACUAUUUUGCCAUUUGAAGACACACUGCACUAUGAAGCAGGAAGUUAUAUUGAAAUUGAGGGUAGGGACCUACUGCGAGGAGCUGUUGAGUCAGACUACCGGGUUUUUGUCCAGUCCGCCAACUGUGAUGAGGUUAAGGUCAACGCUAAUGGCACACUUAUCACCUUUAAACCACCCGACUUUCUGUCAAAGGGAAAUGAAUACCAGGUGGAGGUUUUGGUCGGCAGUCUUCAAAAAAAUGUUGGUGUCAUCUACUACGAGAAGGACCUGAAAAUCAUUAUAAUCAUUGCAGCACUAGGUGGCGUGGUGGUGGCCAUGUUGUCAGUGAUCACAUACUGUAUCAUUCGUGGACGUAAGAAGGACAGCCAACUUUCCAAGCUCCAGCACGACAUGGUGGAAAUGGAGAGCAACAUCAGAAACAAGAGCAGAGAAGUGUUCGCAGACAUGCAGAUGAGUAUGCAGGACAUCAAAGGAGACUUAGUGACCACUGGAAUUCCUUAUUUCAACUACCACAACUAUUCCUUCCACACACUGUUCCCCAAGCUCAAGGCAGGGGAGAGCAUCUACUUCAAGACCAGUGCUGAGGCCCCAAUGGAAGACUUCUCAAAACUGGCCCCAAGAGGUGUACUGGCCUUUGAAGAACUGUUGAAGAACAAGUUCUUCCUUCAGUCUCUGAUUCGUACUAUGGAACGGCAGAAUAAAUUCAGUGUCCAAGAAAAGGCAGAAUUUUCAUCUCUGCUGACCUUGACAUUGAUAGGGAAGAUGACCUAUUUAUCAGAAGUGAUUGAAGAACUGCUACACAGACUUAUUGCUGGUGCCUCUCGUAAACAACACAGGGUACUGUUUAGGAGGUCCGACUCCAUCACACAGAAGCUUCUUUCUGAUUGGAUGGCGUUGUCACUGUUUCCUUACCUAAAAAAUGGUGGGGGACAGCAGCUGUUUAUGCUGUACAAGGCCACACAGACGGUCAUGGAAAAAGGUCCUAUAGAUGCUGUUACUUUGGAUGCCAAAGAGACAUUAGCUGAGGAACGCCUUCUAAAGAUGGACCUAUCAUAUGAGUCCUUGACCUUAGAAGUGGACUUAAAUGGCAAGAAGCACCUGCGUUACCAAGUCUCUGUGUUGGACUGUGACACCAUCACACAGGUUAAGGCCAAAUGUAUGUACAAAAUCUACAAAAACAAGCCAGCCUCAGAACUACAGUUCACACCUGAGGAGCUUAUCCUCGAGUGGCAUGCUGGGAAGGGUGGAAAACUGGUGUUGAAUGACAUAGAUCGGACGAGUACAAAGCGUGAAGGAUAUGUGUGUCGGAACACUCUCCGUCACUACAAUGUUAAAGAUGGCAGUUGUAUGGCACUCCUGAUUUCUGAUGAACCAGACGACCAAGAACCCUACAUGAAUUCAGAAGCAGCUUCCAUGAGUGAUGUUCUGUUGAUUGAACAAAGUGUUACAAGCUACAUGAGUAUGUCACCAGAGAAACAAUGGCACAUUUCAUUCCCAGAGGAAGAUGAGAAGGAGAGGACACGGAUAUUCAUUGAAGAGUUGUAUCUGAACAGACUUCUUCACACCAAGCUGAAGCUGGUAGACUAUAUAGAUGCUGUGUUUGAUAAUGUGAUGGAUGAGAACCGUGUGCCCCCCGUAGUUUGUUACCUGUUUACGAUGUUAGAGGAUAUGGCAAAGGAACACAAUGUAGACCAAGAUAUCGUGUCCUGCUGGAAAAGUGAAUGCUAUGCUAUGAGGAUCUGGUCCCUGUGGAUCAGCCGUCCAGAUCUGCUGUUUGACAUUGUCUUGGCCAAGCAUGUCAUUCCUUGUUUGGAUGUGAUCAAGUCUGUCUUUAGUGAUGUCUUCUCCCGAACUUCCUCCAAACUCAGCAAAGAUUCUUCCUCUGCCAAACUUUUGUUUGCCAGCGAAGUUCCUAAAUUCCAAGAGAAGAUGCGGAGGUUUUAUGAAAAACUUGGAGCAAGCCUAGAACCUGUCACAAAACAGCAGUUUGGGUCACAGAUGGCAUCAAUAUCUCAGGAACAGACCCAGAAAAUCCGGGUAAAGAAACUGCCAGCAUUGAAGAAGCUUUUCUCCGUGGUUAAAAAUUAUUCAGACGAGAUUAUUUCAGACCUGGAUGAUGACAGAGAAACCAAAGAUCUGGAGUUAGGGGAGAAGUUUGAUAAUGUCAUUCAACAGAUGGAUAGCGAAAAUGUGUAACUCUAAAGUUUAAUGUCAUUCAACAGAUGGAUAUCAAAAAUGUGUGACUCUAAAUUUCAAUGUCAUUCAACAGAUGGAUAUCAAAAAUGUGUGACUCUAAAUUUUAAUGUCAUUCAACAGAUGGAUAUCAAAAAUGUGUGACUCUAAAUUUCAAUGUCAUUCAACAGAUGGAUAUCAAAAAUGUGUUAUUACAGAGUUUGAUAAUGUCAUUCAACAGAUGGAUAUCGAAAAUAUGUGACUCUAAAUUUUAAUGUCAUUCAACAGAUGGAUAUCAAAAAUGUGUGAUUACAGAGUUUGAUAAUGUCAUUCAACAGAUGGAUAUCGAAAAUGUGUGAUUCUAAAUUUUAAUGUCAUUCAACAGAUGGUCGAUAUGGGAAAUGUGUGAUUAUAGAUUUUGAUAAUGUCAUUCAACAGAUGGAUAUGUGCAAUGUGUGACUCUUGAAACUUGUUAGAGUAGAUUUGUAAAGAUGCUACAGUGCUGACAAAGAGUAUAUAUAAUUAUGUUCAAUUUAAAACAAGAAUGUAACUGGUAUAUUUAGCUCACCUACCCGUCUGUCCAGCAUCAACUUUUUCUUUUUAACAACUUCUCAAUAACCAAAAGGCCCAGAGCCAAUAUUGGGCCUCUUACAUGCUUGUUUUAUACAGCGCCCAAAGAUAAAUACAAUUAUUGCACUCUUAUAAAAGUUAGAUACUGAAUUCAAUUACCACCCUCUUAUAGGGACCAACCAACCAAUUGUUUUUCCAUAGACUUUAGUGGUAACGUUUUGGAGUAUUUCAUUCAAAUUCUUGAAUUCAA